AUUUUCAGGAAAACCAUCAACACACCUAAUUCUUGAGACUUUGAUGUGAAUCAAUCAAAAGAAAACAAAGAGAAACAGAAAAAGAGAAAUUUUUACGUUUUCUUCACCUGUGUAAAUUGUAGAGCCAACAGUGUGUCCAACUCAAAACCCUCGCUAAGCCACUCGCACACUCUCUCCGACUCAGUCACAUUAAAAAAUGUUGAUCCGACGCAUUGUGCUGACCAAAUCCCUCCAUCAUUUACGUUCUUUGAGCCACUCUGCCACCGCCGCCGUUCUUCCAGACGUAGAAGAUUUCCCUAAACCCGACCCCAAAUACGCAGAAACUAUUCAUGCCGUUGUUCGUGUCACUUCUGGCAAGAACAUCGCAGCCAAAGAGAGGAAAGCUGGGCGGGUACCCAGCAUAGUGUUUGAACAAGAGGAUGGCCAACAUGGUGGUAACAAAAGGCUCAUCUCUGUUCAGGCUAAUCAGAUUAGGAAGCUAGUUAACCAUCUCGGUCGCUCCCAUUUCUUAUCCAGGUUGUUUGAUCUUGAGGUUCACCCUGAUUUUGAAUCUCCUGACGUUAUUGAGAAGGUUCGAGUUUUGCCCAGAAAGGUUCAUCUGGAAGCUGGUUCAGAUGCUCCUCUUAAUGUUACCUUUAUAAGAGCUCCAUCAAGUGCUUUAUUAAAGGUUGAGGUUCCUCUUGUAUUUAGAGGAGAAGAUGUGUCCCCCGGUUUGAAGAAAGGGUCAUAUUUGAAUAUCAUCAAGAGAACGGUAAAGUUUCUAUGCCCAGCGGAUUUCAUCCCUCCCUACAUUGACGUAGACUUAAGUGAGUUGGAUGUUAACCAAAAGUUGUUAAUGGGUGAUCUGAGGGUUCAUCCAGCUUUGAAGCUUAUGCAACCAAAGGAUCACCCUGUUGUAAAGAUUGCGGGAGCAAGAGUUUCUGAUCAAAAGAAAUCGAAAUGAUUUUUACUGAAGCACUUGUCUGAAAAUCUUAGCAAGCUUAUUAUGAAAGGGAGGAUUAAUUCCACAGACUGGGACAUUGGCAUUGCUAGCUGUCAGCUGAUGUUAUUUACUGCAUGACCUUGUUCAUUAGUGUUAAAAUAGGAUGAUUAGGGUGAUAGUAUCUCAAUUUUGUAUAUCAAAUGGCUAAUGCCCCAAUAAUUUUUCUCUACUGGGCUGUGAGAUGUCAAAUCAUGACGACGUUCUCUGCGCAUUCGCUAGAGCCCAACUUCACACCCGAAAUUUUGAAGAAGCUGCAACAAGAUUUCAUAUAAAAGUUUUACUUCUCUGUUUAAAUAUGGGUACCACUAGCAGCUACCUUGUGUAACCUUAUAUUUGAUUUUAACUUCA